UAACAACUGACAUGCCUGGUGUAUCCUCAGAGUAGUCAGGAUGGAGCAGUUCGGAAGGAUCUCCCUGUUGGGCUAUUCUUGAGUUUCAGCGCACCUUCGAUCGGAUGUUGCAUAAACUGACACAUUCUAGAAGCUCUGUGGCGCACUGGCUUGGCGGUGACCCAUUCAAGAUUGGGGCAGGGAUGAGCACCCAAUUACUAAGUGGGAAAGUCUUCUGGCUUUUGGUCAAAAUCGUGGAGGAAUCAAGCAUCGGAGCAAAAUCGAGGUGACAAACCCUGAAAUAGGGAAAACUCAGAAUAAUGAAAGAACAUUAUAUACCACGCUUAGUAUAUAUUCAUGAAGCUAUAAAUUACACUUAUAUAGGUAGUCAUGUAGGAACAUGAUUAUACGCUCCCUCUCAACUAUUCACUUACAUUGGCGGCUAUGUAGGAGAGUAUAUGCAGCUAUGCUUCUACUGCUCCAAUACUCUUGGGACUAUUCUUCGUUGUUCGAAAACUUACAUCAAUAAUU